AUGAAAAAAAAGAAUUUAAUAAGAGAAUUAGUAAAAUUAGCCCUGGAUAGAGCGGAAUGGGUACAAUAAAAUGAUCUUGAUUAAAUUUUGAUUCAAUAUUAAGCUGUGAUAUUUGGAUUUUAGAAUCAACGCUGUUACACUAAAAUUUGCUGAUAUAUUCUUCAUCUUCUCUAUCGUGUAUGAUAUUUAAAAUCAAGGAAUUACAGUCUUUUAUGUAGUCAACUUAGAAAUAAAUCAAGGAAUCCAUAUAAUUGAUAACCUCCCAAUACCCAUUAUUCCAAAACUUUCCAGAAAAACUAAAUUUAUGCUGAAAUAGCUAAGAUAAAUAUAAUUAAUUGAAACUCUAUAAAAGUAGUUGCUAUUCAUUGAAUACAUUUUAUACAUAUAUUUGUGUGCUAAAAUAUUAGAGUAGGGAUAUUCGAUGCUCAAUGGGUAUUCUGUAUUCAAGUAAUAAUCAAUCAGUAUUAAUUAAUAAAGGAUCUUUUAGUGAAAUGAUAAGAUUUUAAAACCUAUACAUAAACAAGAUUACAAUCUUUUGUGCGACAAUACUAAUCAUGUUGCUAUAUAUAUUAAUCAGAGUGUCCUUUUAUACAAACUUCAAUCAGAAUCAAAUUUAGAUUGUUGUCUCUCACAUUAAAAUUUGA